GAGUUCAAAGCUUUUUUUCUGUGCUUUGCUGUCUUUGUUGUUAUCACCUCAGGAGCGACGCUGUUUAAAUGGGAAGCAGACGAGAAAAAGGUAAGACGGACUUGCUGCCGUUUUUAUUCAUUUUUGGGAAUUUAGUAUCCACUGAAGGUGAGGGGGCAUUCAAAAUAAAGCAAUAAUCUCGGGUUGUAAUCCAAUCUAAAAUCUACAAUCCUGCUGGGGACGGAGUAAUAUGCAUUCUCUUACAAGAUUCAAUUUUUGAAAGCCUGGACUACUAGUGUAGCUUUGCAAACAAAAUGAGCGCAAUCGUAGAUGUAAGGCCAGUAGAUCAAGGUUCAAAGUGCCGGUUUUGCGUUGACCAAGGCAACAUUACAACUUUCUCAGCCUGCGGAUAAAAUGCUACCAGUACGGCCAUUCAAAUAAACGCUACUUGGCAAUGCUUCCAUCAGUGAUAUUGUUCGUUGCGCUAUACAAGGUAAACACUUUCUGACUUUUGAGACUACUGAAAAAUCUUCGCAUAAAAUGUACAUGCCUCAUGAAUAUUUUUUGUGUUUCUUACAAGUACAGAUCAGGAGUUUCCAAACAAGAAGGAUUGACAGUAUGUUUUUUUCCUCGCAGGGGACGACAUCGGAAUACAAAGUUGAAGUUAAGGAUGGAAACAAAGAAGUAAAUGAAACAAUUAAGAUCGACACCGGAAAGAAAACAGAAACCGUCCACAUUUCAAGUGAGGGCCGCGGCGCUGGAAAAGUCGGUAUUCUUUUCGACUUCAAGCAGGUGUGUACAAUAGAGGGACUUAGUGAUUAGGAGCCUCCGUUUUCUUUCCUUCCUUUCUUCUCUUUUUGCAGUUUGGCCUUCUUUUCAUCUUUCCUUUCCUUUUGAGUGACUGUCAUUGAUCAGUGACUACUAAUGAUUUCUUCGCCCAUGCAUACCGUAAAUCGUACGUGCCAACCGGCAAGUUAGCUAAUUCACUGUCUUCUUUGUUUCUUGACGCAGAACAUUGCUAUGUACCGACUGUCUAAAUCGAAAGCCUGUUUUUUGAGCGACUCUACUGGCAAUCAGUUAAAGCCUGCCGAUCUCAAAAAACUGCUUGAAAUGGUAAGUGAGUACACGACAAUAAUUUCUUAAAAUAAACAAAUUGCUUUCUGUUAUUUGGUUAUUUAUUUUCUGUGCACGUUUCCCUCGCGGACGGCAAUUUCGAAAAACUAGUUGUCGUUCACUUUCUCAUCAUCAUCUUGUCUGCGAUAUUAUCAUUAAGGUUUAUGCAUCUUCGCUUUCUUUUCCUUCAUGAAUCGAAGCCAGGUACCAGCAAGGGAAAAAUCCAGGGGAAAACUGAAUAUGUGGUUGUUGGCACUCUCGAUGAUCGCUCGUUCCUGAGUGAUGAAAUGGCCACCAUGUGCACUAAACUGCCGAUUUAUCACAUCAAGCAGAAAAACCCCAAGGUC